AUGUCUUCUUCGCCUUUUCCGAGGGCUCCUCACUCAUCUUGGACACAAAAUAAUACAAAUAAUGGCACAAGGCCAUUACGCCGUCAGUUUCAUGUACUUGAUGUGCCUCCUCUUAAUUGUGUUCCAUACUCUGGUCCACCUCCAGGCUCCACUUCAACACCAAUAGAUAUAGAUGGCAUUCCAUCCCUACAAGUUAAUUCCAGGCCUCCCAUUGGUAACCACCCUGCUAUGGUAUUUAUGCCUUCUUGUACAACUAAUGAAGAGUGGAGCAACAUUUUAGCUGCUACCAGAAGUGGAAUUGUACUAUCUGGGAGUGCUGCAUCGGGAAAGAUGGGACCACCUAUAGGAGCUGUAGAUGUUGGUGAAUCUGAGGAUAAAUAUAUAUUUCGUGUAGCACUACCAGGCGUCUCAAGGGUUGAAAACACUUUCACUUGUGAUUUUGAACCUGAUGGGAAAGUAAUGAUUAAGGGUAUUACAUCAACCGGCCAACAAACAAUUCAGAAGAAGAACAUGUUUCUGAAUUGUUUUGAGUUUUCUCUGGUCCAAAAAACUCGACUUGAUAGACAACGCUGGAAGGAUUAUAUGACCGGAUUAGCAGCAGAUUGGUUGAAAGAACCAGCUAGGCUCUAA